UGUUGAUAGUGGCCUUGGUUUGUGUGGCUGGAUCCUGGUGAUCACUUCUCUGUUUUUCACUAUUAUUACAUUUCCUGUAUCAAUUUGGAUGUGCAUAAAGAUUAUAAAGGAAUACGAGCGAGCCAUCAUCUUCAGACUGGGGCGCAUCUUAAAAGGAGGAGCAAAGGGACCAGGUUUGUUUUUUGUCCUGCCCUGCACAGACAGCUUCAUCAAAGUUGAUAUGAGGACAAUCUCCUUUGAUAUUCCUCCCCAAGAAAUCUUGACUAAGGACUCUGUGACAAUUAAUGUAGAUGGGGUGGUUUACUACCGCGUUCAGAACGCCACCCUUGCUGUAGCAAACAUCACAAAUGCUGACUCUGCCACCCGGCUGCUUGCACAGACCACUUUGAGGAAUGUCCUGGGGACCAAAAACCUUUCUCAGAUUCUCUCUGAUCGUGAAGAAAUUGCACACAGCAUGCAGGCCACACUUGAUGAGGCAACAGAUCAUUGGGGCAUUAAGGUGGAGCGUGUGGAGAUCAAGGAUGUGAAAUUGCCUGUCCAGCUGCAGAGGGCAAUGGCUGCAGAGGCAGAAGCUGCCCGUGAGGCAAGAGCUAAGGUAAUUGCAGCUGAGGGUGAAAUGAAUGCUUCCAGGGCCCUGAAAGAGGCAUCCAUGGUUAUUACAGAGUCCCCUGCUGCUCUUCAGCUUCGUUACUUGCAGACCUUGACCACCAUUGCUGCAGAGAAGAACUCCACCAUCGUCUUCCCAUUGCCCAUCAAUAUGCUGCAGGGCCUCGUAGGCACCAGUCGCUAGGCUGGGCUGGGGCAGAGCGGUUGGGGUGGGGUCUUUUUGGCUACAGUGAACUUUUGCAACACUGAGUCCCCUGUGUGUUAGAGCUUCUAGUGGUGUUACCAGUUAUAUAAGUGUGUCAUAGAACUUCUGUAAUGUUUGUGAGUAUGGACAAUCAAAACCUUUGAAACCGAAAACCUCUCAAAACAAGGACAAGCAGAUGGUCUUAAUUAAGGAUGUAUCCAUGCUGUCCUGGAGGGGACAGCUUCAAUGAAUAGCCUGCCAUUUUCAAAUAGUAUAUAAAAGCAAUUGUGGUGGAGAGGAGAUGAUCCAAUAUUUGCAAAGACAAGUAUUCCUUUUAGUAAAUGGGUCUGUUGUCCUGCAGGGGAGGAGAAACAGCCCAAACUGUAUUUUCUGGUGGUGAAGUCAUCAGACUGCUGUCAGGGGGAUUGGAUCUCUAGCUCAGAGGAGGAAAAUCAGGAUCAAACUCUUAUCUAAUAACAGUCCCCCACUCAUGAUUUUAGUGGAACUUUCCAUCUCUAUUCUCCCACAGAAUGCUGUGGUUCUGGAUACAGUAACUUUCAGUCUCUGAGGGGCUAGGCUGGUGCUGUGCUUGUAUGGAUUUAUGCUUCAAGACACUGGGAAGCUGCUGGGUCUGCCUUUAUCUGUCUCUCUUAAAAAAAGCCAAAGCAAUGACUUCUGCCUUCUAUGCAGGUCUGAAAAACUGCUUCUCUAGGAAGUAAGAUCUCUGUAAUUAGCAGGUGGUGGUAAUGUUUAACAGAAGGUGCUGUACUGUUUAUAGUUCCAUUGUAACAAGUUAGUGAUUUACCUGCUGAUGCUUCUGUGCAGACUUGUAGUAGCUGUUGUGAUACUAAGGGCUUAUACUCAGUACCAAAGGCAUGUAAUCUUGUGCUCAUGUACCCUUGAGCUGUGAGUCUGUUACACUGCAUUUGUAUUUUUGAUCUGUUCAUUAGAUGUAAUUACAGAUUAAAAAGAGAAGAAUUGAGAGUCUGGCAGGGGGAAGGCUCUUUAGGCUUUCACCAUCACUGAGUUUUGCAUCUGGUCUUGAAAACAAAAAGCUGCGACCAAUGAUAAAAGUGCCCUCCUCACACUGACCAGCAUAAAAUUUCUACCUGUGUUCUAUCACUGUUCUGCUACCCUCAGUUCUGUACUUACAGGUAUUUUAGCAAGGACAAGGAUUGUUUACCUGUGCCUUGAUACUCUGUGCCUUUGUCACUCUUAGGAAAGAUACCCAGGUGAGGUUGGAGUUUGAGCUAACUGCAGCUGUUUCUCUUCUGCCUGCUUGCUGUGAACUUUUUCCUUCCUCUGCAUCAGAGCAAUACACCUGUGUGUUUGGCAGCUGGUCAGUCAGUAUAAGCUGAGCUUCACUUUCUGCUGGGAGAGAGGGGAAAGACACGGUUAACAAAGCUGCAGUAAUUGGUAUUGCUGUGCUCUGGCUUGCAGUGGGAAACAGUAACUGCACAGCUUGAGGUUUAAUCCUUGGGGAAAGUGAAUCUGUAACUCCCCCUGCUGCUGCUGUAGAUGGUCACUUCGGGGAAUUCUUGUUGACACCAGAACAUGCUUUUGCUCUCAUCCUGAAUAAAAAACCAUGCUGUUUACU